CAGUAGUGUGCGAGUAGAACAAUUUCUAUAACGAGGUCCAUCCAGGGCCAGGCUCGCCAGGCGACUUGAUGUGGCGCCCUUUUGUGGCUGAAGCAAGAAAUUCGUAGCCUUGCAUCUGGUCAAUCAUCAUUGGCUGUUGCUUUCUCGAGGACACCUCCUUUUCCAAUCUGGCACCGCACCAGACUCCCCGCUUCAUUUAAACUCCAGACACUCACUCACUGACCUCUCGCCUUGUACCCUUUCACGCUUACGUAUUUCAGGACCACAUCUACCAGUUUCAAAAACCUCACAACGUUCUCGAGCAAAAUCCAAUUGUCCCCGUUUAUCAGGUGCGAUAACUGCACCAUCGUAAGGGCAACUAUGGCCAGCAAGGCGAUGUGGGAGGUCGACCCAGAGACAAGAUCCAAGGUAAUUUGUUUCACCCAAUGUCGCCGCAUGACCUCAGUGUACUCACUGGCACAUUGACUGAUUUUUGAUUACAGCUUCUUGAGAUACAAAAAUCCUCUGGGAACGACCGCUGCGCCGACUGCGGGGCACCCUCCCCGCAAUGGGCGUCUCCUAAAUUCGGGGUUUUUAUUUGCCUUUCUUGCGCUGGAGUACAUCGUGGCCUUGGAGUGCAUAUCAGUUUUGUUCGCAGUAUUACUAUGGAUGCGUUCAAGGCUAUGGAGAUUGAGCGCAUGAGACUGGGAGGUAAUAAGACGUGGAGGGAUUUCUUCGACGAGGCUGAAUCGAACAAGAUGGCUGGCAUAACGUAGGCAUAUUUCUUUUUCACGGCUUGGGACCGGCCUCAAUUCUUGCGAUUGUUGCGAAAGAGUUCUGGCGAUGUUGUGCUGAUUUAUGAAAAUAGUUGGGAUGACGCAACUAUCGCAGAAAGAUAUUCAGGAGACGUCGGUGAGGAAUACAAAGACAGAUUAUCCGCCAAAGUCGAAGGAAAAGACUACGUUCCAAGUGCCAAACCAGCACCAACCACCCAGUCUCUCUCCAACAGCAAUUCCGAUAGUCGAAGUCAAACACCAUUAGGCUCACGAACAGAGAGUCCAAGGCCCGAUCGUACUGGUAAAACCAAGGUAGAUGAUAAAUACUUUGCUGGUUUAGGAGCAGCGAACGCAAGUCGACCAGCUGAUUUACCGCCUAGUCAAGGAGGAAAAUAUGCUGGAUUUGGAAGCGCAGGUCCAGAACCACCUAAAAGUGAGGCUGCCUUGCCUGGAUUGAAUGAUUUGCAAAGGGAUCCUGUUGCUGCGCUUACUAAGGGAUUCGGAUGGUUUACUACGACUGUUACGAAAACUGCAAAGACUGUUAAUGAUGGAUAUAUCCAACCCACCGCUGCAAAGGUACUACUUUUUCUCUUCCCAGUAAAUCCCAAUGUUUGCUAACAAUUGGACAGAUCGCAGAAACAGAUUUUGCUGCCCAAGCACGAAUUACAGCCGCGACCGUGGCCAAAGGCGCACAAAGCGGCGCAAAAGGAGCAGCAGACGGAUUCAAUCGAUUUGUGGAGGGACCAAGUGCUAGUGGGUACAGACAAGCUCCCAUUGACGAGAGCAAGAAAGAUUUCUGGGACAGCUUUGCGGAUGCGGGAAAUGCGCGACCAAAUAAUUCUAUUGGGACGAAUGCUAUGAAGCCGGGAGGCGGCUCUAGUCAGGGAUUAAUGAGUGGACAGGCCGGUGGGGCGGGCAAGAAGAAAGACGAAGACAAUUGGGAUAAAUGGUAGAGAGAGAGAGUGGAGGUAGGAGUUGGGGAGUGGAGGAAUGCAUGAUGAAACUCGAAAAGAAUGUAUAUGAUCUGCUUGGGGGUUUCGAAAACUUGCGUUGGUUGGGUAGACAGACGCAAACGAAAAUGUAGGUUUAGGAGUCUUUUGAUUUUACUUUUUUAUUUUUGGACUCUUUGGAUAGAAGUACGGUAAUUUUUUUCAACAAGCAAACGGGAUUUCUCUUGCUGAUGUUUCAUUCACUCUUUAACUCAUUCAUGCUACUGGUAGCAGUGGGAUGACACGCUGUCUAAACCAUCAUAGACGCUAUCCAAUCUCCCUUCCUCAUCUCCCAAGUACUAACAUUGAGAUUGCUACCUAGCUUCGAAACUACCGUUACAGUACGCGUUGAGAGGUAGUACGGUAUUACAAAACGAACGAGGUCAAAACCAUAUAACGCAUUUCUGAAAUCU